CCCGCAUCAACACCCCGGUGUUCUUAUAUCUUUUUUUUUUUUUUUCUUUUUUCCAGAAAUAAGAUCAAGACCAAGAUGGCCCCGACAAAGUCCUCGGCCAAGGGCAAGGGUCCUUCUUCGACCAAGGGAGACGCCAAGAGCAAGCCUCUCUCGUCCGGUACGAAAGUGAGCAAGAAGAACGUCAAGCGCCCGCCGCCCAAGGAAGUCAAGUCGAAAGCGCGCACGGAAUCCAGCCUGCUGAAGAAGACGAAGAAGAGGGAGUACACCGAGAAGGAGCUGGACCUGCCUCAGUUGAACAUGAUCACGCCCGUUGGUGUGGUGAAGCCCAGGGGCAAGAAGAAGGGCAAAACUUUCGUGGACGAUGCGGAGGGAAUGAUGACGAUUCUUGCCAUGGUUAAUGCCGACCGGGAGGGUCAGAUCGAGUCGAAGCUGAUGAAGGCCCGUCAAUUGGAGGAGAUCCGGGAGGCGAAGAGGAAGGAGGCUGAGGCCAGGCACGCGGAGAAAAAGAACAAGCUGGAAGAGGUAAAACAAUCGAUUCGCAAUAAGAAGCACAAGGGCGGCCCUAAAGCCGACAAAGCGGCCUCCGUACCCGACAAGUCGUCCAAAUCAAAGGGCAAGAGAAAGAGCGUCGCAUUUGCUUGAUUUUGUUUCAUUUUCUUUUAAAAGUAAUGCUGUCUAUAUCAGGUCUAUGUAUCUAGAUGGGUCUCUGGCGUUUCAACGGUCUAUAUCCUGCCAAAACAAUUGCAUGCAUUCAUG